CCCGGUGCCCGAAGAAGAGAGAGGUAAGCUGACAUUUGCAUCCUACAUCCUACAAAUAUUUUGAACGUUGGCAGCACAAACUAUUCACAAUGCUAAACAUACGUGGAUUUAUUUUUAUCCGUGAUUUCCCCCAUUAAAGUUUAGAGCUUUACAAUGCCAAACCCGCGGCGUUCUGGGACAGCUUUUACGCGAACAACCAAAACAAAUUCUUCAAAGACAGACACUGGCUUCGCGUAGAGUUUUCAGAGCUGUUCGAGUGGACGAGCGACCGCGCUUCUGCCGACGAGAGCAAUGGUGCGGAAAAAUUGGAGGACCAGGUCGUUAAAGUCAAAUUUGGACAUGGUUCGACUCCAGCCGAUGGCAAGUUCCGGAUCAUGGAGGUCGGAUGCGGCGCUGGAAACGCAGUGUUCCCACUGCUGGCAGACAUCCGCGAUCCGCGCUUGUUUGUCUACGCCUGCGACUACUCAAAGACCGCAAUCAAUGUUGUAAAGGCCAAUGAGGCAUACGAUGAGACCAGAUGCAAGGCGUUCGUUUGGGACCUGUCAAGCGCCGAUUUGCCCGAGGGCGUUGAGCCAGCCAGCGUCGACAUCAUGCUGAUGAUCUUUGUAUUCUCGGCCCUCCAUCCUGAUCAAUGGGCGCAGGCUGUCGAGAACGCUUACCGGGUGCUCAAGCCCGGAGGCAUCCUGCUUUUCCGCGACUACGGCAGGAACGACCUCACGCAGUUGCGCUUCAAGAAAUCGCGGCUGCUGGACAGCAACUUUUACGUCCGCGGCGACGGCACGCGCGUCUACUUCUUUACGAACGAUGAGCUGGCCGAGGUCUUUGGAGGCAGGUUUACUGUCGAGCAAAAUGCCAUCGACCGCCGUCUGCUGGUAAACCGCAAGCUCGAGCUCAAAAUGUACCGCGUGUGGCUGCAGGCAAAGUUCCGUAAGCCGAUCAACGCGGAUUAAAUCUGCUUACAGUCAUCUCGCUCCAGGCUUCAAGUUUGGAUUUUGAUCUUGCAUUGAUAGGUUUUUUUAUGUUUUUUGGGUUGCCAUUUUGGAGCCGCUACUCCUUUUAUCU